AAUCGUCCUCGAGUCGUUAUCGUGUAAACACGCAAAUUUUCACGCGGUCCACAUCGUGGGAAAAUCCGUUAUGGGAACUCUGUGAAAUUUUUGUCCAAAUGUAUAACAUAUCAGAAGAUAGUCUAUCAUCUAUGGAAUAAUUCUUGUGGUGAUUUUUUUGUGAUUAACUUGUGGAAUUUUAUUUGUGUAUUUGAAAGUUUAUCACGGAGAAUUUGGACAUGGUGGAAGAAAAUGAGGAUAUCUACCAUGAAUUGUGUGUGUUCAGUGGUUGUGAUUAAAAUGUGGAAGAAUCGCUUAAAAACCCAUCAUAUUCAGUGAAUAACUUAUGCUUACAUCUUCCAAUCCGUUCAGUAGUACAGGUCAUGAUUGACCACGUUGUGUGAUUACUGGAGAUUAUCACUGUGGGAUCGUGGAAGAAAGUCAGUGAGAAAAAGUUCGUGAGAAUGAGGCAUGAGAGUUUAACGUGCAAUAGUAUUCUGAGUUUAGUUGUACUGCAUUUGCUCAAUUUUGAAUUGGUUCCAUCUCACGAGAUCCCCGAUGUAUCCCGUCAAAGUGUAGUUCAAAGUGAAAAUGGGAGUCUUCUUAUGCGUCCGGAGGAUGCCUUUUGGUGGGACAGUAGAUACUUUGCCCAUCAUAUUGGUAGACACAAGCACAAGAGGCAUUUUUCGCGCCAUCAUCGACACUUCCAUCUUGAUCCAAUUGACUUCCAAUCUAAAGAUUUUCUGGUGUCUUCCGUGGUAGAAGAGACCGAAACUGUUCCAGAGGGAAAUCCUCCUCUGUGGCCAGUGAAGAAGGAGGCUGUUGUGGAGGGUCAAGUGAUUCUCGGGGGUCUCAUGAUGGUUCAUGAGCGUGAAGAUAAUGUCACCUGCGGGAAAAUUAUGCCUCAAGGUGGUAUUCAAGCCCUUGAAGCUAUGCUCUACACAGUAGAUCGAGUUAAUCAGAUGAAACUUCUACCCAAUUUUACCCUUGGUGCCCAUAUUCUCGAUGAUUGCGAUAAAGACACCUACGGACUUGAAAUGGCGUUAGAUUUCAUCAAAGGAUCAAUUAGCAACAUUGAUGGAGCUGAGUAUCACUGCAAUAAGUCCCAGGUGAGGAAAGUCAUAUCUGGAGUUGUAGGAGCAGCUUCUUCAGUCACAUCCAUCCAAGUGGCAAAUUUGCUGAGAUUAUUUAGGAUACCACAGGUAUCCUUCUUUUCAACGAGUCCCGAGCUGAGCAAUAAGCAGCGCUUUGAAUAUUUCUCACGCACCAUACCUUCCGACCACUAUCAAGUUAAGGCGAUGGUGGAUAUUGUGAGAAGAAUGGGCUGGAGUUAUAUCUCUAUUAUUUAUGAGGAGAGCAAUUAUGGUCUUAAGGCUUUCGAGGAACUUGAGGAUUUACUGGCUAAGCAUUCAAUCUGUAUUGCUGUGAAGGAAAAGCUAUCUAAAGACUCUGGAGUGGCGGCUGCGGCAACGUAUGACAUGAUUGUUCAAAAACUGCAGACAAAACCACGAGCCAGAGGUGUUAUCAUUUUCGGAUCAGACCAAGAAGUGGCGGGAGUGAUGAGGGCUGUCCGCCGAAACAAUGCCACAGGGUCAUUUUCGUGGAUUGGUUCAGAUGGCUGGAGUGCAAGGAACUUAGUGUUUGCCAACAAUGAGCCAGAGGUGGAAGGUACUCUGUCAGUUCAACCUCAGGCGAAUCCUGUGAAGGGAUUUGAAGAGUAUUUUCUAGGAUUGACUGUGGAGAAGAAUUUGAGAAAUCCAUGGUUUGUUGAAUUCUGGGAAGACCACUUUGAGUGCAAGUAUCCAAAUAGCUCCAGGACACCUUUUAAUAAAGACUACAGUCGCAUGUGCAACAAAAAAGAAAAACUUACUAAAAAUAACACGGAUUUUGAGGAUCAAUUGCAGUUUGUGAGCGAUGCUGUUAUGGCUUUCGCUUAUGCUUUAAGGGACAUGCAUAAGGAUUUGUGUCGGGGACGACCAGGAUUGUGUGAUGCAAUGAAACCGACUAAAGGUGCGGAGUUGCUCAAGUAUCUUCGUAAUGUUGAAUUUGAAGGACUCUCUGGGGAUCAGUUCAGAUUUGACCAAAAUGGAGAUGGACCAGCCAGGUACAAUAUCAUCCAUUUCAAACAGACAGAACCCGAGAAAUAUCGAUGGAUUAAAGUUGGAGAAUAUUAUGAGGGUGAACUGAGACUUAAUAUGGCAGAUGUGCAAUUUAAAUUGGAUCAACCAACACCACCAGAGUCGGUGUGUAGUCUACCAUGUGAGCGGGGUCAGGCAAAGAAAUAUGUUGAGGGUGAAAGUUGCUGUUGGCACUGUUUCAAUUGCACACAGUAUCAGAUUCGCCAUCCAAAUGAUGAGACACAAUGUCUCAUGUGCAAAGAGGGUACCAUUCCGGACCGUAAUAAAGAAAUUUGCGAGGAUAUUCCAGAAGUCUUCCUUCGACCAGAAUCUGGCUGGGCAAUUGGUGCGAUGGCAUUUAGUUCAACUGGAAUGCUCAUAACACUAUUUGUUGUGGGUGUCUUUCUAAGACACAAUGAUACACCAGUAGUGAGAGCUUCUGGCCGGGAAUUAAGCUACGUUCUCCUGGGUGGAAUCCUCAUGUGCUACUUCGUAACAUUCGCUUUAGUUUUGAGACCAACAAAUUUAGUCUGCGGCAUUCAGAGGUUUGGUGCUGGAUUCUGCUUUACAGUUGUAUAUGCUGCACUUCUUACCAAGACAAAUCGCAUUGCAAGAAUAUUCAAGGCGGGCAAACAAUCUGCAAAGAGACCUUCAUUUAUAAGUCCACGUUCCCAAUUGAUUAUCUGCACGGGAUUGACGUCAAUACAGGUGCUUAUCAAUGGUGUCUGGAUGGUAAUAUCACCAUCUCGUGCAAUUCAUCAUUAUCCAACCAGAGAUGACAAUCUCUUAGUUUGUGAUUCAUACAUCGAUGCAUCUUACAUGAUAGCAUUCUCCUACCCAAUAUUCCUUAUAGUCAUAUGCACAGUAUAUGCUGUAAUAACAAGAAAAAUUCCCGAAGCAUUCAAUGAAUCCAAACACAUUGGAUUCACAAUGUACACAACAUGUGUCAUCUGGCUGGCUUUUGUACCACUCUACUUUGGUACGGCAAAUCAUGUUCCACUGCGAAUUACAUCAAUGUCUGUUACGAUAAGUUUAUCAGCGAGUGUUACAGUAGCGUGUCUUUUUUCACCAAAACUCUACAUAAUCCUCAUUCGUCCAGAACGGAAUGUUCGCCAGAGCAUGAUGCCCGUUCGAUACAGUGCCAUCAACAAGACCACAAAUUCCGGUCAAUCAAUGAUGGCAGCUGUAAUGGUGACUGCUGCGACUUGCAAUCAGAAGGAGAAGCUGCAAAAGCAUGUGCCUCCCAUGACGAUAUCGGUUGAGGACUCUGCAACCCAAGUUUCAACACUUCGCUUUGCCGAAAUAUCGACACAAACGACUUUGGCGGGUGAAUUAGUGUUGAGGGCGUAUGAUGAUGUAACAAAGAAUGGUCAUCCUGGGGCACAUGAUGAUGGUGUUCAUCAUCGAAAUAGCCUCAUAAGUAAUAACUUCGUGAACAACAAUCGCAUCGAGACCUCAUGCUCGACAUCGAAGGCAUUGCAACAUCGUGAUGAUGAUGCCGACCCAUCGAACACAUUUAGUGCAAAUAGUACACCGCGAGAUUCAUCAAAUUCUGUGAUCCAAUCGUCUGCCAAUGUGGAAAAUGUCAUGUUAUAGCAGAGCAAUCUUAGCCUCUCAGAUAGUGUUAAAUCAAAGAAACGCGAAGCAAUCACCGUCUAAGGUGAUGACCUUUGGUGCGAUAUUUUUGUAUAUCUAAUUAUUGAAGGUUAGAUAUGAGGCCCAGAAAUCUCUUUUUAGCAUAUCCAUCGACAGUUUUUUUUUUGUGACAAAAAUAAAGAACAUAAAAAGCUUCUCUCUCUUGUGCUCAAAAUGAACAUAAAAUUAAUGUAAAAAAUUAGAUUAAAAAUCAAAGGGGGAUGGAUAUUUUGAAUUUCUUUUUCUUUUUGUGAAUUCUGAGAGACAGGAAUCUAAAUAGGAUUAUUAUAGACAUUUCUCAUUAAAAUUUAUAAAUACACGAUAGGAAUUAUGUAAAUUGUAAAAGACGGUGGAUUUAAAGGAUUACAUUUACAUUUUAAUACAUAGUUAUGCAUUUUUAAUUGUUCGUCCCUUAUCCGUUAGAGUUGUUUAUUUUGAGACGACACGAUACAAAAUGUUAACCUUUUCAUUCACCGUCAGAAAUUAGAUUAAAUGAUAUCAUGAGAUGAAAGUGUAUGAAGGUAUUAAAUUAGAUAUUUGUGAAUAUUGUUAUUAAUUGUAGUACACUCUAAGAUAAAGAGAAAAUGUGUUUACUAAUCAAUGGGAAAAGAAACUAAAUGCUAAAGUUUGUCAUUUGGAACAGUGAAUCAAUAAAAAGCUUUAAUUUACAUUGACAAAUGGAAAAGAUAAAAAAAAGUAGCUGAAAGUUCCUAAACGGGAAAGAGGUUAUGUUUGAAAUUGAUGUUUUGUUAAACCUAACCUAAAAGUAGAGACCACUUUAAAUUUUCUCUUAAGGAAUCCGACUAAUUCACACAUAAUCUAAGAUUUUCAAUAAAAGAAUCAAAUAAAUAAUAAUUUGAAUUUAACGUGUAACCCAACUUAGUUUUUAAACUGUUUAGCAUUAACCUCAAUAUUUUUUUUCUUUUAGGUUAUGUCGGUUGUAACAAAACCUCAUUUUUCGACUUAACUUUUUGUUUAUCGAUGAAAUUUCAACUAUUUCUGCUUUAAAAAUAAUAGAAGUAAUUGAAAAAUCAUUAAAAUAGAUAAAUUAUUAAACUCUAAAAAAAAAUAUUCUGACAAACUUUAGCAAAAUAAUUUUUUACCAUGAUUUGGAGUAAUUUAAUAUUUAAAAAUUGUUUUAUUUCUGGUAAAAAAAAACUUUGUGGUCAUUGGGGUUCUUUUGGGGUUUCUGAGCCCUGAACUCCAUCCGGAAUCCUGUGACCAAUAUAUUUGAUGAUAAUGGAAAUCAACCACAAAAAACAAAUUUGGGAUGGUUUUCAUAUUUUCGGGAGAAGUUUAUCAAAAGAGCCACAAGUUUUCAAAUGGAAGUUAAUUAAAAAAAAAAGUCAACAAAUACUUGGAGAAGGGAAUGGAUGACACGAAUUUUAAUCAUAAUAUUUUACAGGAAAAGAAUUUAAAAACAAAAAAUGUAGAGAGAUGUAUCUCUCAAGCUCUUAAGAGCGCACGAAGAUGUUGAAAAAGGCAGAAAGGAAUGUGAAGAAGAAAAUCAAAUACGAAUAAAGUUUAGAAGCUUCACCACGAAGUACGUAAGCA